AUGACAUCAUCAUCACCGGUAACAACUCCACUGUUGUUGACUCAAUCAUUCAGAAACUCAAUUCUCUUUUUUCACUUAAGGAUAUGGGACAGCUACACUAUUUUUUUGGGAGUUGAAGUUGUUCACAAGGGGUCUGACUUGGUUCUUUCCCAACGGAAAUAUAUUCGUGAGAUCUUACACCGUGUUGGUCUUGCCGAGUGCAGGCCAAUAUCAACUCCUAUGAGCACUUCUCACGUGUUGUUACCCGAUGAUAGCCCCUUACUUGAUGAUCCCUCUCGUUACAGGCAGACAGUUGGAGCUCUUCAGUAUGCUACUCUUUCUCGUUCUGAUAUUGCUUUUGCAGUUAACAAAGUCUGCCAGUUCAUGCACGCUCCUACUGAGAACCAUUGGGCCGGUGUCAAACGCAUCCUUCGUUAUCUUAAGGGCACCAUCGACUUGGGGUUAUGGAUUCGACAUAAUACGGGGUAUCAGCUUCAAGCCUUUUCAGAUUCCAAUUGGCACUCCAAUCUUCAUGCCUUCUCGGACUCUGACUGGGCAGGUUGCCCAAUCGAUCGUCGAUCCACGGGGGGAUUUGCUAUCUAUUUAGGUUCGAAUCUCAUCUCUUGGUUUGCUCGCAAGCAGAAAACUGUAUCUCGAUCUUCAACAGAGUCUGAGUACAAGGCUAUUGCAGAUAUUGUUGCUGAAUUGAUUUGGUUGAAGUCCUUGCUUCGAGAACUUGGUUUGGCCAGCACGGCACCCACACUUUGGUGUGACAAGCUUGGUGCAACAUAUCUCACGGCUAAUCCAGUUUUUCACGCUCGUACUAAACAUGUUGAAGUUGACUAUCAUUUUGUUCAUGAACAAGUAACUCAGGGAAAACUAAAUGUCAAAGUUCAUCUCUACAAACGACCAAAUUGCUGA